GCUGGUUAUAGCUGGUUCAUUUCUCGAUAGUGUAGACGUCAGCGGUCAUCUCAAGGAGCUUGAUGCAAGAUGUCGAAGGACACCCCACCACGUGAGCCGGAGCAGCUCCGCAAGUUGUUCAUUGGAGGAUUGAGUUUUGAGACCACGGAUGAAAGCUUGCGUGCUCAUUUCGAACGAUGGGGGACCCUUACAGAUUGUGUGGUGAUGAGGGACCCCUCUAACAAAAGGUCCAGGGGCUUUGGCUUUGUCACCUACUCAUCAGUGGAUGAGGUUGAUGCUGCAAUGAGUGCUCGCCCUCAUAAGGUUGAUGGAAGACUGGUAGAACCCAAGAGAGCAGUAUCCAGAGAGGACUCAAAUCGACCAGGUGCCCAUGUCACAGUGAAAAAGAUAUUUGUUGGAGGCAUCAAAGAAGACACUGAGGAGUCACACAUACGAGACUACUUUGGACAGUUUGGCAAAAUUGAGGUUGUUGAUAUUAUGACAGAUCGUAACAGCGGCAGGAAGAGAGGCUUUGCAUUUGUGACCUUUGACGAUCAUGAUUCAGUGGACAGAAUUGUUAUCCAGAAGUAUCACACAGUCAAUAGCCACAAUUGUGAAGUGAGGAAGGCCCUCUCGAAACAGGAAAUGCAAAACACAGGAAUGGGUCGUGGAGGCGGUGGGGGUAGUUAUGGCAGAGGUGGUGGAUAUGGAGGUAAUGAUUUUGGCCGUGAUGGGUACUUCGGUGGCCGCGGUGGCAGAGGUGGAUAUGGAGGUGGAGAUAGCUACAAUAACGGCUAUGGCGGCGGCGGCAGCGGUGGAGGAGGUGGAGGAGGAGGGGGAGAUGGUGGUGGCUACGGUGGUGGACCUGGUGGUUAUGGCGGAGGCAACCGAGGCUAUGGAGGUGGACAGGGCUAUGGUAGCCAGGGUGGUGGCGGUGGAGGCUAUGGUGGAAGCGGUUAUGAUGGUUACAACAACGGAAAUGGAAACUUUGGGAACUUUGGCAGCGGAGGUGGUGGUGGUGGCGGCGGCAGUGGUGGCGGCGGCAGUAACUACAAUGAUUUUGGCAGUUACAGCAACCAGAGUUCAAACUAUGGCCCAAUGAAGGGGAACAACUUCGGUGGAGGUGGCAGGAACAGCGGCCCGUAUGGUGGUGGCUGUGGGGGUGGGGGUGGCAGCGGCGGAUACGGGGGUGGCUCUGGACGACGAUUCUAGGUCUGAGAGGACUGAGUACUUAGGAGAGGAGAGCAAGGAGAGGAGAGCAAGCGAAGUGACAGGGCAGCUGCAGGUUUACCUCCCUAGAUCUGCUCAGCCAAACAGUUGUGGCAGGUUACAGCUGCUGCAAGAACAUUUUAGAGAAUCAUGGAGAGGCUUCAAUUAAACUUUUCUGUGUUGUCAACCAGGCUUGUUUUAUAUUAUGUUUCUGGAAAGCAAGCAUUCCACUUGAGAUUUUAUGUAGAUUUCUUUUUGUCUUUUACUUUUGUGUAAUUGCAACCAAUUAAGUUGAAAUAAACAACUUUUCAAUUUUUUAUAAAA